AUGGCUACCUCGCGCUCGACAAAGCGACCUCGCCUUGGGGACAGAACCACGCUAGCAUGCAUCAUAUGCAAGCAGAAGAAAUUAAAGUGCGAUGGACAAAUUCCGCGAUGUCAGCAUUGCGCAAAGGCAGGACGUGAUUGUCUUGUGGAAGACCCGGCCACCGGCCUCCACCGACCUCGGGACUAUUUGCAGUCUCUGGAAUCGCACGUCGCCUUCCUUGAAGGCCUCCUUCGACAGACAAAUCCAGAAGUCGCCAUUGAUCACUUCAACAUAUUCGGGCAUCCGGACCAGGACCAUCCCGCUCAUCAAGGUCUCGUCGGCGAUGUACCGUUUAUCGCUGGGCGGGAUGCCAACCAGAAUUACACUGCUCAAGCUUCCAACUACGCAAUGGUGUCACCAGGUCUCAGCAAGCACGAAUCUCACGAUGGCGAUGACGAAGGAAACGACCUUGCUUCUGACGUUGCCUUGCUUGCACUCAGUGCGUCUGGCCGGGAACCGCACUAUUUUGGCCCGUCAUCUGCCCUUUCAUUCUCCCGAGUCGCUUCUUCUGCAUUGAAAACAAGAAAACGGCCCGGGGGAUCUCAGCCAAGUGUUUACAGUGAUGUCGAUGGUCAUCCAGGUGUGCAAAGUGGUAGAGCAGUACUGUUUCCUCCCGCGAAUGUCGGCCACGCACUGUCUGCCGCCUAUUUCAAUCACGUGCAUCCGCAAUACCCCUUCCUGCAUCGCCCUACGUUUGAUGCGUGGGAAGAAGAGUGCUUGCAAGCCCAGCAAUUGGGUAAAGUUGGAUCAGUGAAGGAAAUUCCUCGCUUUUUCGUUCUCAUGGUGUACGCCAUAGGGUCGCUCAUCAACAAGAAUGGAGACAGAAGUGACGAUGCUGAGGCAUACUACGCCGCCUCGCUAAGUUGUAUGAAUGUUAUGAUGGACAUGGACAGCAUGGAGUCUAUCCAGGCAGUAUUAGCAUGCGCCAUUUAUUCCAUUAGAUCUCCUGUUGGGGCAUCAAUAUGGAAGUUGUCCGGCAUGGUUAUCCGCCAUUGCAUUGAGCUCGGCUACCAUCGAAGUGUCAAGAAGUUUCGUCCCAACACUGAUGCUCUGACCAGUGAAAUGUCGAAAAGGGUCUUUUGGGUAACCUACGAUAUCGACCGCGCUGCAGCAUUUAUCCUUGGGCGACCGUUCGGAAUUUCAGAUCAGGUAAUCGACAUCGAGCUUCCACUUGAUAUCGAUGAUAUUGGCAUAACCAGAACAGGCAUCGUAGGUUCUGUCCGUCACGAUCCAGAAACCCCUCCCACGCAGAUGACUGGUGCCAUUCACAUCAUCAAACUUCGACAGCUGUGGUCAAAGAUUAGCGACUCCAUCUAUUCAGCGGUUUCAGGCGGUCCGACCGACGGUACCAGGACGUGUGUAACCAUAUCCACACAAGUACCUCAAUUGCGACAAGCUCUCGAUGAGUGGUUUGCUGAUUCCCCAGAUCAAUCUCAGUAUCAGGAUACUGGCCCAGUCUCAGUGUUUACAUCAAAAGACUGGUUUCGUCUGGCCUACGACCACACGAUAAUCUUACUCUACCGGCAUUGCCUCACAUGCGAAUAUUAUCGACACCCGAAUAUCGCCUCCCUCUACGCACACUGCAGCAAAACCCAGAUCGACGCUGCCUUUCAACAGUGCGCCUCAAGCGCGCGAGAGAUUUGCGUCUUGUAUCGUCGCACGUACCAGCGAUCCCCAGUGCGGUAUACUUGGGGCUCCCUACAUAUUCUUUUCCUGGCUGGGCUCACUUACCUGCACUGUCUGUGGAGUAGUGAAUCCUUGAGGAAGAGUGUUCCUCAAUUGGACGUCAUAAAUACCUGUACGUCCUGCAAUAUGGUCCUUGUAAUCAUCGCAGAACGGUGGGACAUUGCAGCUUCAUAUCGAGAUCUGUUCGAAAAACUCUCGGAGCGAACGAUCAGCAUGAUAUUCGGAGGCUUUGGAAAUACUGCGAACAAUUUAAGCUCAUCAUCCGCACCAAUGCAGCUGGCUGGUCCUACGACGGAGGAUGCUGGCGCCAAUGAGCCAGCAUCUCAAACAUCGUUUGAUGAUUUACAGCUAGAGGAGUGGCUGGUCAAUCUGGAGGACAUGAAUGUUCCCGACGAGUCGGAAUGGCUCGUGCAAGAUCUAAUUCGAGGAUUUGGAAGCCAUCCAGACGACAACUUCUUCGGCACCCUCUGAGGUAUUCUGGUAUAAUCCAGUGUCUCUGGCACACAAUGUAUGCCUUAUCUACAGCACGCACACUGCACAGUCCACCUGGGUCUCAGGGGUAUCAAGAGCAGGUCAUUGCUCUCUUUUGCUUGGAGGAAUACGCUUCAA